AUGUACGACCACAGCGGGCCUUGCGUAAAUAUCUGGUUGCGAGCUUGGCAAGGACGCGGGAUAGUAAAGCAGCGCGAGUUAUAUAAUUCGCCGGCGAGCGCCCACCUUCACCCAAUUCCGGCUGCACAAUCACCAUCGGCCAAUCAUCCUUACCUCCUUCGGAUCGUUAACCUCAACCGGCCACCCGAGGCACCCUCCGCUGACAACCUUCAACUAAGGAUGAUGCCAUCAGGAGGAAAUAACACUCACGGUCAGGACUUAGGGUUUAGAGAUGUUGAAGAUGAUCAGACUAUAAAAAAUACAUAUAUUUUUAAACGCUAA